UCCUCUAGCGCCUUUUGGGACAGCCAAUAGCGAAUUUUGUUACUGAGGGGUUGGCAUCACUGUGCGGAUGGGAGCUGUAUAGGAAAUACUCUGCUUCAAGUCAAACAAGAGGAGUUUAAUUUUGCUAUCUUUGGGACUCUAAACAAUCAUCUCAAACAGUCCGGAUGGCGGCUGUCAGCAGUGUGAGCAGAAUGUCUGGACUUUGUUUUCAUGCUGUUCGUCAAAGGGCAGCACUGAAUUCACUGAGGCUGCUGCAGCGCAGGUCCUUUAGACUCACUGCCAUGCACCAGCAGCAGCCCUUUGACUCUUCUCUGGAAAAGCCACAGUUUCCUGGAGCCUCAGCAGAGUUUGUGGACCAUCUUGAAUUCAUUCAGCCCAAUGUUAUUUCUGGGAUCCCAGUGUACAGAGUGAUGGACCGGCAAGGCAAGAUAAUCAACCCCUCAGAAGACCCUCAGCUCUCCAAGGAAACAGUUUUAAACUUCUAUCAGAAGAUGACGCUGCUGAACACAAUGGACCGGAUUCUCUACGAGUCUCAGCGACAGGGCCGAAUCUCCUUCUACAUGACCAAUUAUGGAGAAGAGGGCACACACAUUGGCAGCGCUGCAGCUCUGGAGUCUAACGAUAUAGUGUUUGGUCAAUACAGAGAAGCUGGAGUGCUGAUGUACCGCGGUUUCCCUCUGGAUCUCUUCAUGGCCCAGUGUUAUGCUAACGCCGAUGACCUGGGCAAGGGCCGGCAGAUGCCGGUUCACUAUGGCUCCAAGGAUCUGAAUUUUGUCACCAUCUCAUCUCCUUUGGCCACCCAGAUUCCUCAGGCGGUUGGAGCUGCAUACGCACUGAAACGGGAGAACAUGAACCGUGCUGUGAUCUGUUACUUCGGAGAGGGAGCAGCCAGCGAAGGGGACGCACACGCCGGAUUCAACUUCUCAGCCACUCUGGAGUGUCCUAUGAUAUUCUUCUGUCGCAACAAUGGCUACGCGAUCUCUACACCGACCAACGAGCAGUACAGAGGAGAUGGCAUUGCUGCUCGUGGUCCUGGUUAUGGGAUGCUGUCCAUUCGCGUUGAUGGGAACGACGUGUUUGCCGUAUACAACGCUACAAAGGAAGCACGGCGCAGGGCUGUGGCUGAAAAUCAACCUUUCCUCAUUGAGGCGAUGACCUACAGAAUCGGGCACCACAGCACAAGUGAUGACAGCUCGGCCUACCGCUCUGUAGACGAGGUGAACUACUGGGACAAGCAGGACCACCCCAUCUCACGGCUGAGGCACUACAUGACGGCGCGCAGCUGGUGGAGCGAGGAUGACGAGCGCAGCUGGAGGAAACAGUCUCGCAAAACCGUGAUGGAGGCUUUCGAGAGAGCCGAGAGGCGCCUGAAGCCCAACCCGGAGCUGCUGUUCACCGACGUCUACCAGGAAAUGAUCCCCAGCCUGAGCAAGCAGAGGGAAUCCCUCUUCAGGCACAUCCAGCAGUAUAAAGAGCACUACCCCCUCGACCUGUAUGAAAAGUAACCACUGCUGUGGCAAUGUUGAAGGGAACAAAGGUGGUGUGUGAGGACUGAACGUAGCUUUUAUACACUUUGAUGUGUUAUUUCACUCUGCA